AUGGCGGAAGCAUUUGGUAUCGCUGGCAGUGCCUUCGGCACUGUUUCUUUGGGUUUGCAAUUAUUUAAAGAAAUUUCGCAAUAUCUCGAUGACAUCGAUGGCCGCGAAGAAGAUCUCGAGCAAGCGCGAAAUCACGCGACGAACAUCCAACUCUCUCACAAUGCACUGGAUGUUGCUAUAUCUAACUCACCUACUAACGAUCCCAAUACAAAAAAUGUGAUCGAUUCAUGCAAGGCCUCAUGCAUUGCCGCGGUGAACAAUUUGUUGGCAGUUGUGACAGAGCUCAGGGGCCCAACAACAUCUGUGCCAAACAGUCACGCUGCCAGGGCUAAAGAGCUUUGCGCCAAAUUGAAGUACCCAUUCAAGAAGCAGAAUAUGGAAAGUCUUGAGGAGCAUUUGUCGCGUACAAAUAGUGCCCUACAAACCAUAUUGCAUGUCUUUCAGCUCAACACUGGCCAUGCAACGACUACCGCUAUUGUUAGCAUGCAGCAGGCUGUGACCGAUGUUAAUGUAAUAUCGGAGAAGAACAGAGCAGUUCUGGAUAAAAUGGAUAAAAUAUCCCGGCUUCAUGAUAACAGGCUUGAUACUAUCCAACAAGGCCUCAGGGAACUUUUGAUCCUCACACAAGAUUCCGGCGAGUCGAAACGCUUGAUGCGGACGAUGGCCCAGCAAAUCUCAGACCUCAACUCCCACAUGAGUGUCUCAGCCAAUUUGCAGCAGGACCAAGCAUCUAGUUCUUCCGUACCAAGUAUACACACGACAAGUUACCGAGGUAGUGGUAGCAUGACAUUUGAUGCCUUUUGUUCUUGCAAAACACAGCGAACACGAUAUAGUCAACAUCGUUGGGGGCCUUUCGUUCUCGAAGCCGAAAUCAAAUCAAGAGACCACCAUGCCCCUGAAUGCCCAAUGUCAAAGCUUCCUGCAGCAACAGGUCAGACGAAGCGCAAUUGCUGGGGAAAGGCUAGUAAAGUCUCGCUGUCUUACACGAAAGGUGCAGGCAUACUAGGGUUCGGUCAGACAGUGGCCUGGAUUGCGACUGUAGAUGAGAAAUCAUCUCCGGUGUUCCGAAUUGUGGAAAAGAUCGGUUUAUAUGAUGAAUUGCCACGCAAGGAUAUGAAUACGCUGUUAGCUUCAUGCUUCAGACGACUGGUCUGGUGUUACGCUAACUACCAUGCUUCUCCCACGGAUGUCAAUGAGAACUGUGAUUCAGUACUCGAGUGGGCAUUAGACAAGUAUCAGUUGCAAGGAUGGUCUUCGUCGGAGAGCGAUAACCUGGCAGAACUAUUUCAUAUGCUUGUUGCUGUCACUAAACCUGCAACUUGUAGACGCAGGAGCACAUCUAAACCUAUCCCUGUUUUAGUAGCCAGAAGUUUUUGGUUUUCCCGCUGUACAAAGCCUAACGAAGUUACAAAGGCUCUGUUAUCGAAAUACAAUGAAUCGGUGGGCCAUCAUGAAAACUAUGAAAAUGCUGAAUAUGGGCUGUUCCAAAGUUUUCCACAAGUGGCCGAAAGCCUAGAGUUUGGUCCACUAACUCAGGCUGUUCUCAAACAAGAUCUGAAGAGAGUCCGACAGUUAUUGGAGACAUACCCAUCGUAUAUCAACGAAAUGAAUUACUGCGGCCAGUCCCCCGUUCAUCUUGCCAUUGAGACGCAGAAUCUCGCUGUUAUAAGUGUUAUCCUUGACUAUACAGACGCUGAAGUUCUUCACACUAUAGACAACAGGGGCCGUUAUCCCAUCGAUUAUGCGACAAGACCGGGCAACCAUACUAAGGGGGCUCAAGUAGACUGCGGCGGCUGCAAAGUGCUUGAAUUGCUUCUUCAAUCAGAUACGGCGCUUUUCCCUGCCUCGUUACUGCUCGACUUAAAGCCGUCACGUAACUGUAUACAGGGUCAUAAGAUCCUUGUUAAAGGUCUAGCUGAAAGGAGAGAAAAGCUAAAACAACUCGCAUACCAAACACUUUCUCCAGCUGAAAGGCAAGGCCUACAAAUUCAUCCAGCGAGGAUCCUAGACCAAAAUGCUACACGGGUACAGCACCAACUUGAAGCUCGAGGUUGCCCCAUCCCAAUGUCCCUCAAGGGGUACGCAGAAAACACUGGAUCAUCACGCGUCCAGAAAUCGAUUUACUCACAUAUUUAUAGCGGCGAGGUCGCUGAAUAUGCCCACCAGUCAGGUUUCCACUACUCUGACAACGAACUUGCAGACUUUGUCUCCAUCUUAGCUACUCGUAUGAGCAGUGUUUCUGUACACGAGUAUCGAUACAUCAACAAUCCGUUUUCCUUUUCAUAUUUCUGCUGGAUGAUUGACCAUUGCACGAGCGUCUCAUCAAGGAUUCCUGCCGGACAAUUGCCAAGCCCGCACAUAGAAGUGACCCCUGCUCACUAUUUUAUGGGCAGCUUGGGCGCAUCGGCCAACCGUACCCGAGGAUGGACCCCGGACUGCUCAUUAACACUAGCAGCUCUUGAGAUCGCAUUUUCUGAGACCAAUGUCGACAGAUGUCGCUGCUGGUGUUCUCCAGGGGGGUGCAUUCCUCUGGUCAAGCUUUUGGAGGGGAUAUGUUGGUCCAAGAGGCCCAUCACAUUCUCAUCAGGACGAAGUCUUUCCCAAGCAACAGAAGAAGUGAUAACUGGUCUAUUCUCUGCACAUAUGGGUAAAAUCAGCGAAUACAAAUGGAUCUAUGUGGCCAUUAUACGACACUAUACGUCUGUUAUGCUGGGUCUGCGUCACGCUUGCUGCUCCAUCAUUGAGAAUGCUUCAGGUCCCUUACCAGAAGAGGAGUACCGGGAAAUUGAAGAGGAAGAUUCUCUCCUACUUGGAUUGUUAGAGGGUCUCCUUACAGAGUUUGAAUGCGAGCGUCGCCGCGACAUGAGAUUGGAAGACUUUUUUGCAUGGAUGCGAAGCGUUUGGGCUCCAAGAAUGCGGGAGGUUGGGCAGGAACUUGCUUCUCAAAGGCUCACAGACCAGCAACUCCAAGACGCCGAAGCCAUUGGGGUAGUUUUGAGAGUUCAUGGGCCUCCACCAAUGGGUUCGGGUUCAAAUUCACGGGUUGUUGAACUGACAGAAGGUGAUAUAUGGGAUGCUAUGGACGAACUGGACAAGAUUGCUACAGAUCCGGAGAGGCCUACGAAGGGAAGUCUAGAGACCCGUACUUGA